AUGCCGCUGGAGUCCACACAGCUAGCAUCCCGGCUGGCAGGUUAUAAACGUAUAAUCCUUUGUGCAGAUGGAACCUGGCUUGCUUCUGACCUGGGAAACGCGUCUGUACCAUCGAACGUCGCGAGAAUCGCUCGCACUAUCGCGACGAGUGGCCCGGACCCCCAUGGCAAUAUCGUACCGCAAAUUGUCUCAUAUCAUUCAGGACUGGGAGCUGGAGAGCUCCCUUUUCAGAAGGCAAUCUAUGGCGGCAUCGGUUGGGGCUUGGACAAUGAAGUUUGUCAGAUCUAUGAAUUCAUCUCCAACAAUUACGUGAAAGGCGACGAGUUGUUCUUUUUCGGGUUUUCGCGUGGCGCUUUUACCGUCCGCUCUGUGGCUGGCCUCGUGUCCGAUAUAGGUGUGCUCUCGUCCCAGCACAUGUCGCACUUCGCCGAAAUGUGGAAGGCUUACAGGGAGAAUUCGAGCGGGCAGCCUUUCCGGAAGACUGAAUGGUAUCAACAAAAUCAAGGUAAACUGCGCUUGGAGGACGAUGUCCGCAUCAAAGUAGUGGGCGUUUGGGACACUGUUGGUGCUCUAGGAAUUCCUAAUUGGCCGCUGGUUAAUUUGGUUUCAAAACUGGGUAUCAAUCUUUCGAAACAAUACGUAUUUCACAACACAAAUGUCUCGAAAAACUAUGCUUUUCAAGCCCUAGCUAUCGAUGAGAGACGUCUCACCUUCCCACCGACCCUUUGGCACAGAACCCAGGAUGCACCAGCCAAAGAUCUACAGCAGUGUUGGUUUCCUGGCGUCCACACAAAUAUUGGGGGUGGAGCUCCAGAACGUGAAAUCGAGGACAUCACAUUUGCAUGGAUGGUGGACAAUCUGUCUGGAAUGUUGACUUUUGAAAGUGUAAUAAUCGAGGAACUGAUUCAGCAACACCGGGCUUCGCAGGCCGAACGUAAUGCUCUGGACCAAAAAGACGAUAGCUGGGGCUGCGGGUAUAUCAAGUCCAAUUUUGCUGGCCUGAAAGGUACGUUCUUCCGGGUGCUCGGGAAACAGGACCGCACGCCGGGCAACUAUCCGCAGGUCUCAGGGGAUGACAAGAGCGCUCGAACCACUAAUGAAUCCUUCCAUCCAAUCGCCCGGAUUCGGAAGACCAACCUAUCUCCCGAUUACACUCCAGCUGCACUGGCUGGAUAUGUGAUCGAGGGACCCGGUGAUGAUGGUGGUAGCCAAACUGGCUGGCAAUGGAUCAAAAAGGACGAUUCAUUGGCAUUGCCAGAGUAUGUUUUGCGCCCGGAUCAACGGAUGACUGUGAUGCAUGAAUUGGAGUAUGAGACUCGACCCAGCUUAUCCAGAUCUAUGUGUCCAAAGAGCCUGUUGGCGGAUCUCGAUCGGCAUAACGGCAUACCCAUACCUGCUAGUGAGACGACUGCGACUUGA